AUGGCGGCACGAACAGUAUUGAUCACGGGCAGUACAAGUGGCAUUGGUCUUGGUAUUGCUCGCGCAUUUGCUAAAGCUAAAUAUAAUAUCAUAUUUAACGGAUUGGAAAAAAAUGGACAUGAAAUAGCUGCUGCUGUUGCUAAAGAAUUUCAAGUUGAUCAUAUGUAUUCACCUGCGAAUGCUUUGCAUACCGAUCAAUUACGCACUAUGGUUGACGAAGGUUUAAAACAAUUCAAUCAUAUCGAUGUGCUGAUUAACAAUUGUGGUGUUCAACAUGUUUCACCUAUUGAAAACUUUCCCGAUCAAAAAUGGGAAGACAUUCUCCGUGUAAAUUUAUCAUCAGCAUUUUUUCUCACCAAAGCGCUGAUGAAACCGAUGAAAACCCAGCAAUUCGGUCGAAUCAUCAACAUCGCAUCAGCUCAUGGAUUAUUCGCUAGUGAAUACAAAUCUGCUUAUGUCGCUGCUAAACAUGGUGUAUUAGGCCUAACAAAAGUGACAGCUCUCGAAGGUGCGCCAUUUAAUAUUAAUUGUAAUGCUAUUUGCCCCGGAUAUGUACGAACGCCGCUCGUCGAUGCGCAAAUACGUGAUCAAGCGAAAUCACAUGAUAUAUCCGAAUCGGAAGUUAUACCACGCGUAAUCCUGCAGAAACAUGCCGUCAAAAAGUUUGUACCAGUUGAAUUAAUUGGUAGAUUAUCAUUACUACUUGCUGAUGAGAUCAGUGCCACAUUAACCGGAACAGCCAUACCAAUCGAUGGCGGUUGGUCAGCCCAAUAA